ACUCCGUGUUUGAUAGCGAACACUUCCCAUUUACUUCACAUGCCUUCCUUCAUUCAAUUACUACAGCCAAAGUCAGAGAUAGUCUCCUCCUCCCACCAUCUCGCAACGCCCAAUUUAUUACUCUUCAGAUCUUUUCCUGCUCCCGAGUAACUAUGUCCGAUGCUUUGAUCAAUGGCCUCGCCGGCGCCGGUGGCGGCAUCAUCGCUCAGCUCAUCACCUAUCCGCUCCAAACCGUAAAUACGCGGCAACAAACGCAACGAGAAUCGAAGGAGGGGAAGAGGAAGCAGCUUAGCACUAUUGAGCAUAUGUGCCAGGUUGCGAGGCAGGAGGGGUGGGAUCGGCUCUACGGCGGUUUGGCGCCGUCGCUGGUGGGAACGGCGGCUUCUCAGGGUGUCUAUUACUACUUCUAUCAAAUAUUCAGGACCAAAGCUGAAGUUGCUGCCCUUGAUCGUAAGAGGAGAGGGAUUGGUGAUGGUUCAGUUGGAAUGUUAUCAUCACUUGUGGUUGCUGCUCUAUCUGGGUGUGUUAAUGUGCUGCUGACUAAUCCAAUUUGGGUAGUUGUCACUCGCAUGCAGACUCAUUCAAAAAAGGCCAAAAAUAGUCCAACUGGAGCUAUGACAGCAGAGGAUGCGAUUCUUGCAGCAGUUGAACCUCCUCCUUUUGGGACUACCAAUGCCAUACAAGAAGUCUAUGAUGAAGCUGGAUUUUGGGGAUUCUGGAAAGGUGUUAUCCCAACGUUGAUCAUGGUAAGCAAUCCAUCCAUACAGUUUAUGCUGUAUGAGACCCUACUGAAAAAGCUUAGAAAACGGCGUGCCUCCAACAAUAAAGCCUCUGAUGUUACUGCUUUGGAGAUAUUUUUGCUUGGUGCAUUGGCAAAACUUGGAGCUACUGUCGUAACAUAUCCUCUUCUGGUUGUUAAGGCUAGACUUCAGGCAAAGCAAGUUCUUGGAGGUGAUAAAAGACAUCAAUAUAAAGGCACAUUCGAUGCCAUCCUGAAGAUGAUGAACCAUGAAGGUUUCUACGGGUUUUACAAGGGGAUGAGCACCAAAAUUGUACAGAGUGUUCUCGCAGCUGCUGUAUUAUUCAUGGUGAAGGAAGAACUUGUCCGAGGUGCUAGAUGGCUAUUAACUGGAGUUCCUGCCAACUCUACUACAUCAAGGCUCCGGUGACAAUUGACAAAGGGUUUACCCAUAUAGUCCACACCAAUAUCUAUGAUACUACCCACCCUACAGGUCUAUCAGAACCAAUCAGAAGUUGGCACUUGGCAGGAACAACUAUCUACAGCAUUAGGAUUCGUACACUUGUUAUUAAGGAUAGAUCAUUUAAGAUUGAAGAUUAUUAGGGAUAAUUGUUCCACUUCAUUAGGGUUUAUUCAUAAAUUGUAAUCAGGCAAAGGUAAAAAAAAAAUAAAAAUGGACUCAAUUUUUGUUUCCUUAACUUGGAAGGAGACUGCACGUGGUUAUGGAUAAGGCCACGCAUCGUAUUUUAUAAAUAUAUGAAGAUUGAUUAUUUAU